CCCAGAGCGUGGGGGUCAUGCCGUCCUCGUCGGGGGCAUUCAGCUCCUUCCGGGUGGCCUCCUUGAGGAGCUCCAGAGUAAAGAUGGAUCAUGUGAGAGGGACCGAGAGGUUUAUGGAGCCGAGCUCCCGCGGCUGUAAAUCACCCAGCGCUCUCGGAUAUAAAGCGCCUGUCCAGCCCGGUGUGGGAGAGAGGAGACGUUCGCCAACCCUUGAGCCCCAACUCUGCGCGAGCUCCGGGGCCACUCAGUGACCCCCUGCAGCCUCCUCAGUCGCCCCCACCAUGUCGGAGGCGUUGGCCCUGGGCCCCAAGGAGAGCGCGCCGGGGCCGCGGGCGGCCCCCCGCGAGGUGUGGAAGAAGGGCGGCCGCCUGCUGUCGGUGCUGCUGGCCGUCAACGUGCUGUUGCUCGCCUGCACGCUCAUCAGCGGGGGCGCCUUCAACAAGGUGGCCGUGUACGACACCGACGUGUUCGCGCUGCUCACCACCAUGAUGCUGCUGGCCUCGCUCUGGAUCCUCUUCUACCUCCUCCGCACGGCGCGCUGCCCCAACGCGGUGCCCUACAUGGACGCCCACGCCGGACCCAUUUGGCUCCGAGGUGGGCUGGUGUUGUUUGGAAUCUGCACUCUCGUCAUGGAUGUCUUCAAGACUGGCUACUACUCCAGUUUCUUUGAGUGCCAGUCAGCCAUCAAGAUCCUGCACCCCCUCAUCCAGGCUGUGUUCGUCAUUGUCCAGACUUACUUUCUCUGGGUCUCUGCCAAAGACUGCAUUCACGUCCACCUGGAUCUGACCCGAUGUGGACUCAUGUUCACGCUCACCACCAACCUGGCCAUCUGGAUGGCAGCCGUGGUGGAUGAAUCCGUGCACCAGGCCCAUUCCCACAGCAACAUCAGCCACACACGCCUCAGCCCUGACGUCGAGCGUGCAAGCAGCUCCAGUGGGGGAGACGCCUGCUCCUGCAACACAGCCAUCUGUCAGAUCUUUCAGCAGGGUUACUUCUACCUGUAUCCUUUCAACAUCGAGUACAGCCUCUUUGCCUCCACCCUUCUCUAUGUCAUGUGGAAGAACGUGGGCAGGCUGCUGGCCGCCACCCACGGCCACAGCCACACGCCAUCCCCAGCCAACCUUUUCCGGGAGACCUUUUUUGCAGGCCCAGUCCUGGGCCUAAUACUAUUUGUGGUGGGCCUGGCCGUCUUCAUCCUCUACGAAGUCCAAGUGAGUGGGGAGGGGAGCCACACCCAGCAAGCCCUGGUCACCUACUACAGUUUCAACAUUGUCUGUCUGGGGCUCAUGACCUUGGUCAGCCUGAGUGGCUCAGUCAUCUACCGUUUUGACCGCCGGGCCAUGGACCACCAUAAGAACCCCACACGUACCCUGGAUGUGGCCCUGCUGAUGGGCGCCGCCCUGGGCCAGUAUGCCAUCUCCUACUACUCCAUUGUGGCCGUGGUGGUGGGCACGCCCAGGGACCUGCUGGGGGCGCUCAACCUGGCCCAUGCUCUGCUCAUGAUUGCCCAGCACACCUUCCAGAAUGUGUUCAUCAUCGAGAGCCUCCACCGGGGACCGCCUGGGGAGGAGCCUCGGGAAUCUCCCCCCAAGGAACCCUGCCAGGGCCUUACCUUUGCCAACCUGGAUGCCCUCCACACCUUGCCGGCCUGCCCGUCCACCCCCACGCUGGUCAACCCCAGCCCGGCAGGCCCUCAGGAAGCAGUGGCCAUCAUCUUGGCACCCAGAGGCCACUGGAGACGCCGGUGCCUAAAAGACAUUUCUCUGUUUCUUCUGCUCUGCAAUGUCAUCCUGUGGAUCAUGCCCGCCUUUGGGGCCCGGCCCCACUUCAGCAACAAAGUGGAGGUGGAGUUCUACGGCUACUCCCUCUGGGCAGCCAUCGUCAACAUCUGCCUGCCUUUCGGCAUUUUCUACCGCAUGCAUGCUGUCUCCAGCCUGCUGGAGGUCUAUGUGCUGUCCUGAGGCCUUGGACAGAGACACGGGGGUGAGGGUCAACUUGGCUCAUGGGCCCACUCAGUUGAACCCCUGGGUGGAAGAUAUAG